UUUUAUAUAAACGUAGCAACGAACGUGUCUCACACAAGUGCAGCAACUUUACGACUUACUACGUAUGUUUAUAGUGCCACUCUGUGGACAGGAAAUGGAUAGCUCCGUCUUCCAAUUCGCUAUUUGAAGCCAUCGAAAAUGGACGAUCAGGAAGAGAUUGACUAUGGGGCCUAUCAUCAAGUGCCUAUAUUGCAUUUACUGAGGAAUGGAUUUACCCCACUUUUAGCAAAAAUUGCAGUAAGGAAGUUCAAGAAUAAACUUUUAGUCAAUGAUAACUUGUUAUCUGAAAAUAAAGGUAAAUCCCUUUUCGAAUUUUACAGGAAAAUAAACAAUAAAGGUAAAAAGGCUGAAGAGAAGAGAAACAAAAGGCAAGAAAGUCGACAGGAGAAUGAACAGUUAUCAAGAACUUUGCAUUUGGUAAAUGUAAAUAAUUAUAAAGAUGACCUGGAAGGUUUCACACUUGAUGAUUUCUUAAUGGAAAACAAAGAGGAUAAAUUGAUUCAAUGUUUUAGUGGUUUUGAUGUGAAAUUUCUUCUAGACCUAAUAACCAAUCAAAUUUUGGAUUAUGAACUAUCUGAAGAUCUUCUCAGGGAAAUUAAUUCUGUAAAGCGGAUACGAAAUGUUUUGUUUCAUUAUGGUAAGAAAACAGACUAUACGGUGGAAUUUAAGGAGAAAUUUUAUGAAUUGUGUAAGAUACUCAAGGAGAUAUAUGACAUUUUGAAGGAGGACUGCAAGGAGCUUGAAAAAAUAAUAGAAGAAGCCAAGAAAGAGGAGAAGUGCCUAAGUACACACAGGAUUAUAGAGGAUAUGUACAAGGAGCUCAAAGAAGAUGAGAUGGCAAAGUGUCAGCCAAGAUGUGAAUCCUAUAUUAAAAUCCCUAUGAAAAAUAUAAGGGAGCACGCUGUAGAGGACUUUGAGCAGUUUCUUAAGGAUGCAAAUCAGCCAGUUGUGUUGUGUGGACCUUUAGGAUCUGGAAAAUCAACUGCUCUUCAGAGAUUAUCACACAAGUUUUAUACUGAAGAAAACAGUAUGAAAUACGACUUGGUAAUAAUUCUUAACUCACCCUCCAGGCAGCAGCAGAACUUCUGGAAUAUAGAUGAUAUUGAGGAUGCAAUUAAAAGAAAGAUGUUCAGAAGCUGCCAAGAAACUGUGAGAAAGCAUACAAUUGAUGUGUGCUUAUUUAUAUUGAUGAAUUGUGGAAAUAUUCUGUUUCUUGUUGACUACAAUAUUAAUUCUAAUGAUGUUAGAGGUGACAGAUUGAGAGGAAAGUGGGUCUUUUGCAGUAGCAGUUUACCUACUGAGUGGUCAUCUAAUUAUUGUGUUCUUAACAUUGAAUAUCUUCAUGAGGAAUUAGUAAAAGAGUUGCUAGGUACUUUGACUUCCAGCACAGAGGGUAAAGAUGUUAUUUCUUUGUAUGAGAGCUGUGAGUAUAAAAGUCUCAUCAAUACUCCUGAUAUGGCCAUUAUAUUUAGUGAGGUUAAAGAAAAAAAAUAUGUAAACGUGCUACUUCAGUCGUACUUGGACAAGAAAGUAUCAUCUAUUGAGAAUUCGGAUGCUCAUUGUAAAAUAUUGGGGAAAAAGGCAUUUGAGUUUAUUUUAAAUAACAAAGUGGAAUACUCGGAUAAAGAUCUCUGUGGUAUUAGUGAGAAGUUGAUAUUACCCUUAUUUGUCAAACACAAAAAUUCAUAUGUAUUUAACCUACGUGUUAUUGAAGACUUUUUGGCAGCAAAGUAUAUUACAGCAAACCCCAGAGAAGCAUGUAAGAAAUGGGUUGAUAAAAUUUCACCAUUGACUAGGGUAUUUAGGUUUGUUUGUGCAAUUUGGUAUGAAACGAACAAUUUACAGAACAAUUUACGUCAUUUGGAAAGUUAUCUUGCACAGUACAUUGGUGCUAAAUCUUCAAAGCAAGGAACCUUUACAAAGUGGCCCUUCCUCAUCUCUGUUGCAGAAUACUGUCAAUUCCAAGCAGAUAUGAUGAAGCUGAUCUGUAAAUUACUGGUGCAGAAAACCAAUUGGGUGAUUAAAUGCAAGUUUAUAAAUGAUGAAGGGAAGAUUGAAGCACUUUUUAGAUUAUUAGAAAAUGUGCAGGUAAGCAAACCAGUCUCUAUAAGGAUUGAAAGUGGUGUCCAAAGAACAACAAUAUGUGAUAUUUGGGAUAAGCUUAAUUGCAUACCAAACUUAAGUGCUAAAAUCCAAAUAACCAUGAUGCAUAAACAUACCAAACCAGUACUAUGUGACAGUUGUAUCUCCAGGUUACCAAGUAAGAUUGUGCAAGUCGAUAAAUUGCUUUUCAUCACUAAGUAUGAGGGACCACUUUUGUGUUCUGGCAUUACAGAUUUUUUGAGGUGCCAGAGUAUGAGACAUCUAGAAAUUUUGGAUGUUACUGUGUAUGAUAUUGCCUCUUUAGCUGGAGCCUUGUCCUGUGAGAAGUUGGAUAACUUGAAAGCAGUAGUUAUAAAGAUAGAAUUGAUAGCUUCAACAUGUAAAUCUAUAAAUGCUCACAAUUUAAGUUUUCCAUCUUUGCCAGUCACUGUAUCAUUUGAUAUUUAUAUUAAAUAUUUUGAUGGAAUGCAAGAAUUACUAAGAAGCUUUGCAAAUAAAGAGCAUCUCCGUGCCCUAACCAUAAGAGGUAUGCACAUUAAAGAAAAUUUUGCUCUUGAUUUAUCUCACUUUACGGCUCUUGAAGCUCUUUAUGUCAAUUUUAAUCAUUAUGCUGCUUGUUCUUCAAAUGUCCGAGAAGAACAUAGAGCAAGUGACCCCCAACAUUCACAUUUUCUUUUGAAUAGCAAACUUCCUGGGAAUUUACAAAGACUUAUGCUAAGAGAUGCUUUGUUUUGGAAUGAUUCCAAUGCUUUCUUGGUGGGAUGGCCCUAUGUUUUGGAAAAGUGUGACAUCCAAAGGUUAAUACUCCUUGAUUCUAAUGUUUCUGUUAAGGGCACAAGAAAUAUUAUUAGUAAGCACAUUGGAGUAUCAAUAGAAAAAAGUUUUAAAAAACUGUGUACAAGUACAGAGGUGACUAAGAGUAGGGAACUUAAGCCAAAGGAACCCCGUUUGAGUGAAGAAGAACGAAAACUACGAAGACAAAAUAAACCAAAUGGCAAGGAGCUGAUAAUUACAUCUGAUGUGAAAAUGUGUAGCACAUGCCAAAAGUUUCCAUGUACGUGCCAGCACAAUAAACUACCAGAUUCACUGGAUGAUGUUGUUGAGUUGAUUAAUGAUGCUUAUUAUUUUGAUAUUCUUAGCCUAAGUUAUACUAAUGACAUCAUUACUGUCCGGAAGGAUCUUUGUGGUGAUUUGAGGGUUCGUUGUCCAUUGACUGAUCUCACCGAUGAUAUCAUGAACAGUUAUGUACUGAAUAAACUAGAAUCUGAGCAGCCACUGAAAUCCUUUUUUGAAAUCUUAUAUCUGGCUCAAAGUAUUACACUGGACUGUACAAGAUUAACCUUAAAUGGAGCAAAGAAAGUAAUUGAUAAGAUCAUUGAAUUAAAAACAAGAAUGUGUUUUUGUAAAGAACCAUUUUCACUAACUAUAACAUCAUUUGAAUAUGGUAUUGUAGUAGAUGAAGUAAAGAACAGCCAGUUUUUAGAGUAUUUAGUAAAUGAAGCCUAUUUAGACCAGUUCAAGUUCUGUCACUGUGAGAAUAAAAGCAAGUACAUUCGAAAGACUAGAAAGAAGGAAAUUGUUAUAAAUGAUGAAUUUGUGAAUGUUUAUAGAGCCUCAAGAGAGGAUGAUGACAUGAAAGAAUAGAGAGACUGGAACACACUUGAUUUUAUUAUGACAUACAGACAUAAAAAAAAAAGGAUUGCACUGUUAAGGUGGGGGAGGUGUAUGCCUAGCACAACUUUGAUAACUGUGAAUAUCUUUGAAUGUGAAGAGACCUCUAAAACUGAUAAGAACAUGGAGGAAGAUGAAAAUGAAGAAAUGAAAAAUGAAUGUGAAGAAAAGCAUUAGUAAUGUAGCACAAAAAUGUAAAUGGUAGGGACCACUGUAAAAAGUAAAACAUAUGGCAGGAGACUCAUGUAGUAUAAGUUCAAUGUUUGUGUGUGUGCAUA